CAGAUGAUAAAUAAAAGCCGAUGUGCACUUAGAAAUUACUCAUCGGCUCCUUGUCUUCAUUACACAAUGAUUCAAGUACUGCUUGUGUGUGUUUGCUGUUUUUUUUUUCUUCACGUGUACGAAAGCGUAUAAAAAGUGAAUCGUUUUUUAAUUCGUUUUUCAGUCUCACACUCGCUGUUCUGGUGCUAUUGCGCGGACGGUUUGCAAACGAAAUGAACACAAAAUUUCAAGCAUCGACUGAAUUUUUUUCCCCAGUGAACUAACACACAUUGUGUGUUUAGAAUCUAAAUUUUUAAUCUGAAAAUAUUAGUCGGCGAAUAGAAAACGAAAUACAUCGCGCAUAAACACAAAACAUGGUCACAAAAAAAACUGUUUGCCCUCUCACUGUGAAAACAACGAAUGUUUAGAUAAUUUUGAAUGUUUUGCGUUCGCUGUGUGGCGAUUCAACAUUUAUACCAACUGGAAUUUUAAAGCGACUCUUGAUUUUCGACAGCAAUCGAUACGAAAAUCACAGAAGCUAAUCAUUUUUGUUUGAUAUGGUUUUAUUUUUCAUUCGUACAGCAGACACAGUCCGAGUCGGUUGUCGAUUGUUAUUCGUGCGUCUGUGCGUUGUGCGAGUGCAUUGCACUGUUUCUUGUUUGUUCCCCGUGUGUAAGAUAAAAAGUGACGGUGUUUCGUAUGAUUUGAACAAAUAAUUGUGUAGUAAUCCAGUUUGAAAGUUAUAAACAUUUGAGAAGAAACUAUGAAUGUGGAUAUGCAAGAGCUCGAGAGGCAAAAAAAUCCCUACGAAAGCGCAUGGUUUUUUAAACGUUGGACAUUUUGGUGGUUGAAAGACUUGUUCAAAUUGGGCCUUAAAAAGCCACUUGACACAGAGGAUCUUUAUAAAAACCUUACACAACAUGAUUCAGCCCGGAUAACGGACAAAUUCAACGAACUUUGGGAAGAAGAGAAGAGUCACAAACGACCACAUAUUUUUAAUGUUAUCCGUAAAGUUUACAUAAACAAAAUUAUUGGUCUCAGUAUUUUAUAUUCAGCUGUUGACAUAAUAUCAAGAGCUGCUCAAGCACAAUGCUUAGGUGGUUUGCUGACAUAUUUCUCCACACAUUCGGACAGCAGCCAGCAACAGCAAUGGGCCAUUUGGUAUGCUGUUGGUUUGACUUCAUGCGCUUUUGUGUCAACGGCUUUCACAAAUCCAUUCAACCUUUAUGCGUAUCAAAUGGGCAUGCAAAUUCGUGUUAUUUGCACAUCAUUAGUCUACAGAAAGGUGCUGAAAAUAUCGAAAUCCGUAUCGGUGAAUGGACUCAACGGUUUAGCGAUAAAUAUCAUGUCGUUUGAUACAUAUCGCUUCGACAAUGCGAUAACUUUAAUGCACUAUUUGUGGAAAGGACCCAUUGAAGUGAUAGUUUUCGGUUAUUUUCUCUACCGUGAACUCGGCUACUAUGGAUGGAUCGGUGUCGGAUUUAUUUUGUGCUUCGUGCCUAUUCAGAUUUAUAUGGGGAAAAUGACGGCUAAUUACCGAUAUCAUCUGGUCGGUCACACGGAUUCUCGCAUUCGAAUUAUGAAUGAAAUUAUUCAAGGCAUUCAAACAAUUAAAAUUUAUGCGUGGGAAAAACCGUUUGGGCAAUUUGUCGAUAGAAUCAGAAGUAAAGAACUGAAGACACUCCGUAGUCUGUUUGUGAUACGUGGCAUUCUGUUGAGUUUUAAUAUUAUUUCGCGAAUAUCGAUAUUUUUGAGUCUAAUUACAUUCGUUUAUUGCGGCAAUGUGUUUACCUCGCGACAAGUCUUCGUUGUGACUUCGUAUUUCAAUUUCCUGUACGAUUCGAUGCUCUAUUUUUGGACAGUGGCAUUGGCAACGAUAUCCGAGUGUUUCGUUUCAAUGAAGCGUAUCGAGGAUUUUCUUUUGUUGCCCGAAGACAAAGAUCUGUACAAUAAACAGCAAAUACAGAAGCAACAGCAGAAACAGCAGUCACAAAAAUCGAAAAAAUCGAAAAAAUCUAAUGGAUUUCCGAAUGUGGAAUCCGUACCUGAUGUCAUAGUCAAUGGUUUCAAAAAACCAGCACCGAAAAUCGUACGAAUCGACGAGAGUGCUCAAGAGAAAUGUGUCAUUUUCAACAAUGUCACAGCAAUGUGGGCCAAUUCGCAGUCCGGAAUUGAGGACGUUAGCUUUGAAAUCAAAGGGAAUCAAUUUUGUGCGAUCAUCGGUCCCGUGGGCAGUGGCAAAUCGACCAUUUUGCAUACGAUAUUGCAUGAGUUGGAAAUUGAUAAGGGUGAACUCAGUGUGUGCGGUGUUGUCAGCUAUUCAGCACAAGAACCAUGGCUAUUUGAAGCAAGCGUGCGGCAAAACAUUCUUUUCACAGAAGAUUAUAAUGAAAAUCGAUACCGACAAGUGAUUCAAGUGUGUGCACUCGAGCGAGAUUUGGAAUUGCUACCGUAUGCCGAUCUAACGAUUGUCGGCGAACGUGGCAUUAGUUUGAGUGGUGGACAAAAGGCAAGAGUUAGCUUGGCCAGAGCAAUUUAUCGACAUGCUGAUAUUUACCUGCUAGACGAUCCAUUGUCGGCCGUGGAUUCAGUAGUUGGAAAACAUAUUUUUGAUAAUUGCAUCAAAGAAUUUCUUAAAGAUAAAAUAUGCAUUUUAGUCACACAUCAGGAACAAUAUCUGAAAGCAUCGAAUCAUAUCGUUUUAAUGGAUAUGGGCAGAGUUCAAGUGCAAGGCAAACAUGCACGUAUCGAAAAUGUGCAUUAUCAAUCAUUCCGGCGAUUGACCGUUGAAAAUGACGAAUUAGACGAUGACAAACUAUCGGAUGAGGAGGAUGAAGCAAUGAAAGCGAAUGAAGCAUUUUCAAGACAAUUAGAAAGUCGCAAAGAAAUGCAACACAUCGGUUCGGUUGGAUUCAAAGUGUACAAAUCUUACUUUAGCUCUGUAGAAAAUUUAUGUUUAGUACUUAGCGUGAUAUUAUUAGUGAUAACCGGUCAAAUAGCAGUUAGCGGUGUUGACCUGUUCGUUUCGAAAUGGGUAAAAUGGGAGACUGAGCGCACCAAAAACUUUUGGCGAAUGCUGAGGCGUGCCAUAUUCUAUGACAUAGAUUCAGAAGUGGAUCCCGAAAGACUUCAAUAUUUAUACAUUUACACGAUCCUAAUAGUAGUCGUUUUAUAUUUAGUGUUUCAACGUGCAUUGGCAUUGUUCUAUUUCUGUUUGAAGGCAUCGCGUCGUAUCCAUGAAAAACUCUUCAACAGCGUAACACAUGCCCAAAUGUAUUUUUUCAAUAAAAAUUCGUCCGGUCGAAUAAUCAAUCGAUUUUCGAAGGACAUGAAUGAUAUCGAUUACUAUUUACCUGGCGUUCUCUAUGAUUCCAUAUUGUUUAUACUACAAGUAACAACGUCAUUGAGUCUGGUAUUGAUGACGAACUAUUGGUUGGCGAUACCCACGGCCAUUAUGAGUCUCAUAUUCCUUGGUUUACGACACAUUUAUGUGCGAACAGCAAGGUGCCUCAAACGCAUGGAAUCAAUGGGUCGAAGUCCGAUAUUUUCACAUACAAACGCCACAAUAAGUGGUCUCACAACGAUACGAUCGUACAAAUCAAAUGAAAUCAUCAUUAAGGAAUUCAAUGCACUACAAGAUGGCAAUACUGCGGUGUGUUACCUAUUCAAUUCAACGUCGCGUGCAUUGGCACUGUGGCUGGAGCUCGUCUGUGUACUGUACAUGAUGAUUGUGCUAACAAUAUUCUUUGUGUUUAAAAACGAGAUAAUUGGUGCUAAUGUUGGACUGGCCAUAACUCAAAUUCUAAAUUUGAUUACCACUAUUCAAUGGGGCAUACGGCAAACGGCCGAACUUGAGAAUUAUAUGACGUCUGUUGAACGCGUCAUGGAAUACAUCAACUUAAAACCAGAAAAAGAUUCGAAAAUCGAACCGAAACCCGACGAAAAAACACCAAACUUUAGCAAUUGGGCAAAGAAAGGCGAAAUCGUGUUCAAAGAUUUAUCUUUGAAGUACUCCGAAGACAGCCAUCGAAUACUCAAAUCAUUGAAUCUUAGAAUAAAAUCGGGUGAAAAAAUUGGUAUCUGCGGUCGAACGGGCGCAGGUAAAAGUUCCAUAAUCCAGGCCAUUUUCCGGUUGGCCCAUAACGAAGGUGUCAUCAAAAUUGACGAUGUCGACAUAUCAACCGUGCCGCUGUAUCAUUUACGCAAAAAUAUUUCCAUUAUACCGCAAGAAUCAAUUCUAUUUUCGGGCACGAUGCGCGAUAAUCUUGAUCCAUUCCACGAGAAAAGCGAUGAUGAACUUUGGAGAGCACUUGAUCAGGUCGAUUUGCGAGCAGCCGUUAGUGCACUGCCGAAAGGUCUGGACUGUAAGGUGCAUGACAAUGCAUCGAACUUCAGUUGCGGACAACGUGGUCUUGUGUGUUUGGCGCGUGCCAUUUUGCGCAAAAAUAAGAUAUUGAUUUUGGACGAGGCAACAGCUAAUGUUGACCAUCAUACGGAUAAAUUCAUACAGAAAACCAUACGCGAAAAAUUCGCCGACUACACCGUUUUGACGAUUGCACAUCGUCUGCACACAGUUAUGGACAGUGACCGGGUGCUUGUGGUGGAUGGUGGUGUUGCCGUUGAAUUUGAUCAUGCACAUCGCCUACUCGAAAAUCCGGACGGAUUUUUAACGAAAUUAGUAGAUGAAACUGGAUUCACAACGUCACGCCACUUAAAGCAAAUGGCCAAACAGAAUUUCGAACGAAAAUCGCAUUAGCGGUUGUUCCGAUAUUUAUACAAAGUUAAUUUAAUGUUCAUGCUACUGGUAGAGAUAAGUAAGAUAAAUGUAAUGAAAGAAAAACCUCCAAACACUCCAUAUACGGAGUAAAAUAGUACCGUA